AUGGCAGCCGUGAGACGGGAGCGGAGGAGAGACGAGGCUGUCGCCGAGCUCCUGAGCUCCGAGGCAGAAUACGUGUCAGACUUGAAGUUGUUGGUGGAUGUCUUCUUGCUCCCUCUACAGAGAUGGGCGAAGGAGCUUGAGGCUCAGCAGGACCCUGUUCUUGACCACGCAGCGGUGCAUGGCGGCAGCAUUCAAGCACGUUCGGCGCCAAGUUUCACACAAGCAGACUGCAAGGAGAUCUUCGCCAACACGCUCGAGCUGGCGCACUUCAACCGGCAGUUUUUGCUCGAUCUCCGAAAAGCGCACGGCGGUCCCUUCGUGCCAGGAAGCGUGGGCGUCGUAUCUCCGGUUUCCACCUCCACCGAAUGCAACGAAUGGAGAAAGGUAACCUCGGCGGGGAGGGACUGUUUAGAGGGCGAAGACAUCGGGGACCCCUUGCGACCGACGAGCCCGAACAUCUCAGAAAAGGGGCCCCGCCAAAUGCUACAAGUGUUCCUCAAAUCAGCACCGUUCUUGAAGAUGUAUUCGGAGUACGUGAACAACUUCGACACUGCGCGAGAGAGGCUGACGGCGCUGGAGAGAGAUAACUCCAGCUUCAGCGCCUUCCUCACCGCGUGCGAGAAGCAGAAGCCGUGUCGCGGUCUGCACCUCAGGGACUUUCUGGUUUUACCCGUACAGCGUAUCCCGCGAUACCGGCUGUUGCUGGAGACUAUUCUGCAGUACACGUCGAUCGAUAGCAACAUGCACUCGGCCGUGGAGGAGAGCUUGAGCACCAUGGGCGGGAUCGCUUCCAAGAUAAACUCGGACUUGUCUCUCAAGCUUAAGAGGAACAAGGUGUACCAGCUGCAGCAGGAGUUCGGAGGGGCGAGCUUCGUUACAGCGUCCAGGCUGUUCGUCCGAGAGGGAGACCUCUUCAAGGUGGCCCGAAACGGAGUGGAGAAGCUUCACUUCGUCUUGUUCAACGACCUGCUGGUGUACGGACAGGCCAAGCGUAGGAGACCCUUGUUAAGACGAGGGUCUAGCCGUGAGCAGCUGUACCACCACCGGCGGGACAUGAACCUCAGCAACUGCUUCAUCGUAGACGCGCCCUCUUACGGCAGCCGCUGUUCUUCCUUCCUCGGCGAAACCGGUAUGCUGGUUAUCUCCGAGGAGAAGACGUUCAUGGUCAUGGCCAGCACCGCCGUCGAGAAGGACGGGUGGCUUCAGGCCAUUAGGCUGUGCAUGAGGGAGCUCUCCACCAGCAACAGCGUGGUGGCUCGCGAGAGGGGCUACGGCAGCAGCAGAAAUCAGGUAGUGGACGACGCGCGUGCCCAGCGGCGGCGGCGGCAGCACGCCACGUGCAGUCCCCCCGGGAGCAGCAGCAGCUCGCCCCAAAGCUGGUCCGUGGCCUCCCACAGCCCCAUGGCAGCCUCCGCCCCCCGUUCCGUCUGGGUACCCGGCAAGAACGGUAGCCACAAAACGAGCAGCCUUAGGCUGGUGGAGUUCUGCCUUCCGCCGUGGGCGGGGGUAAGGACGUCGUGCGGGUGCUUGAGCCACACAGAGCUAACCUGGGGGAAGGAUAGCCUCGCCGCGGGGGGGCAGGACCAGGGCCUGGGCGGGGUGGCGGGCGGGAUGAGCGGGGUCGGGUGGUCGCCGAACGGCGGAGACUCGCGAAACGUGGGCGUCGGCGCUGCUCCGUAUUCUGACCUGCGGCAGUCCGGAGGCACCCCACAGCCGAGAAGCGGGACAACUUCUCCGAGAAAGGUGGCCCUUGUCAUCUCGAUGAGGCCAUCGGAGCCCAUGGGCCUGAGGCUGCGAGAUGUUCACCCCGAGUGUGGGGGGGGUGUCGUGGUGAUCGGUUUCGAGAGGUCGGCGGCGGGGAAGCGGGCUGGCGUGCUGCAGGGGGACCGGAUCACCGAAGUCAACGAGUCUCCCGCUAGCGGUGAAGACGACGAGGAUGCGAGCGUGCCGUCCCCCGUGCUGUCCGCUCCGGGCCGGAAAACGUUCAGCGGGCGCGGCACCUCGGGGAACAACACCCUGGGCUUUGCCGGCUUUUACAGCGGCGGCGGCGGCGGCAACAGCGCGGCAACGGCGGUCAAUUACAGCCCCGAGGAGCCGCCGCCGUCGGCGGCAACCGCGAGCUCGACGACGCCGCGGGUGCCCGACAAUAUCACCGUGAACACGCCGGUGGCCCCAAGCCCCGAGGCCGUGCUUUCGGCUCCCGGCCGAAAGACGUUCAGCGGUGGUGGCGGCGCGGCACGCCGGUCCAGCAAGAGCGGCAGCCUAGGGUUCGGCUUCUCCGGGGCGGACGACGAACAAGAACCGGCGCCGACCCUAACCCAGCAGCAGCGGCGGCAGCGGGCCUUCCUGUCGACUACGGCUACGACGGUGGAGCUGGGAAAGAGCGGCGGCGACGGCGGCGGCGGCAGCAGCAGCAGCCACGCGCUUACCCUAGCCGUGGACAACCCUCCCAGCCCGGACGAAACGAAGGGCGACGAGGACUCCGGGGAGUGGGGAGAUUCGAACGGCUCGGCUGAUAGCACCGGAGGGGGGCGGCCGCUCAAGGUGCCGGCCCCGACCCAGGCUAACGUAAACGCCGGCGGGGACCCGGCGGUGCCGUUCGCGACGUUCCGCGGCGGCGGGAGGGCGACGCCGUCGCGGGAGGGGCAAGGGCAGGGGCAAGGGCGGGGGCACGGGAUGCCGUCGUUGAGGCUCGGGGUCGGCAGCGCGCUCGCGGCCUGCUGGGGGGUGCAGGAAACCAACGACAACGACGAGAACUCUCGCCCGACGGAGUUCGACCUGGGCAACAGCGAGGAAGUGGAGGUGGAGGAGAGGAUCGUUGUCCGGAAGCCGCCCCCAGUCCUGGUGGCCAUGUCCAGGGGCACGAGCGCCACCUCCAGCACGGUGGGGGGAGCCGGCGACUACGGCGAAUACGACGAGGUCUUCGGGGACGACGCGCGUUCCGCGGCGGGAUCGUCCGGGUCCGGGUCCAGCCGCGACUCGUCCCUCUUGCUGACCGCGGUCUCCCCGUCGCGGGUGCCCCCCCCCCUCGUCUCGGUGGCAUCUUGGGGGACCCUCCCCCCGGUGUCGAGGGCCUCCUCGUGUAGUCUGGGGGGGCUCGUUCUCCAACCCUGGGCUAUCCCCCACCCCGAACCACCACCACCGGCAGCAGCAGCAGCAUGCAGACAGCAGCAGCAGCAGCGAGGAUGAUUCCGCGGAGCCCCCCCCCCCCGCGGACUCGAUGUCGUGGCUGCCGCCGCUGCCGCCGCCGCCCCCGCCCCCGCGGAAGGACGGGGAGGCGAAGGCGGACAACCCUUGGGAACCGUCGCCGUCGCGGGCGGCGGCGGCGGCGGCGGCGGCGGCGGCGGCGGCGGCGGCGGUCAGACGGGGGGGGAUGGGGCUGGCCUACCCGUCCGGAAGCUGGUGAGGUGACGUCGGCGUCGGCUAUGCUACCAAUCGAGUGAAGGCGGACGGGAUCGGCCGGCUCGUGGACGAUUUCCCGUGAACCGAACAGAAGUAUCGACCGAGAAAGAAGGAAAGAAGGGAUGGCAGAGACAGAAGGAGAGGCAAUGAGCGAGAGAGAGAGACAGAGGGCUCUAGCUGGUAGCCACGGGCCGUGCAUUACAAGUUGCGAUAUUCUCCGCGUGUUUUUUGUUUCUGUUAUUUGAGUACCGAACCAUACCAUGGUUUUGCGUACCCCUUGCUGCCGUGCUGCCGUGACCUCAGCAGCGUUGCCUAGGAAUAAGAAGGCUUGUAAAAUAUUCUGGUACUCCAAUGCAUUCAUGUGGGGGUAGUGGGGUGGGGCAGAUGCGCGCACCCGAUAGAGUUGUGUCGGUGCCCGGCCUUGCGAAGUGCUGGCCAUGUUUGAAAGUCAAGUCUCUCUUGUUUGUUUGAUUCCCAAUUCUGUUUGCAUGGCAUCGGCUGUGCAAGCGGGUACAGGUGGUUCUUGACCCAAGUCUGUUGCCCCUUUUUGUUACCGGUUUUUCCUUGGAGUGAAUGGAAGUGUGGCGUCGCUUCCUGCAUUGCCGACAGACAGACCGACAGACAGAAAAGAGGUCCUGGGUGUCGUUGUAUGCAACAGUGAGCCUGUAGGGAGGCUUGGAGACUCGAUCGACACACUUUCUAUCCAGUAUUAUUUUUGUGGCGGACGUAUGCAUGCAUGGGUGGCCAAAUGUUUGUGCGCGUGUGUGUUUGCGUGUGUGUUUUCUUCUUGUGUACGAAUCUCGUGUGUGUGGGUGUAUUUGCAUAUCUGUAUGCAUACUACAAUAGUCCCGUGCCCUGUGUCAUGAACGGGAACAUAGUAAGCGAAAAGAAGCAAUUGAUGGGCAUUCUUUACUUCCAGGUGUAAGGUAUGCAUGUCAUUGGCCGGCGGCGCGUUUUUGAAAAAGUCAAGACUUUUAUUCCCUUUAGCGCUGCUACAAUAAUCGAAGCGACUCUUCUUCUCAUCAAGCCGCUCACACAAGGUGGUAGUGGUAGUAAUCAUGUCAUGUAUCAUGCCAUGUAGUGUAGAGAGCCCCCCCCCUUAUCGAGGAGACCGUGUGCUUCUGAUGUGCGCGUGUUUGUCCGUCCAUGAGCUAUUUCGCUGGCUUUACGCCGCGUUGGCUCUGCUCUACGCUGCUCACUCACGCCGGUUAACUACGCCUGGGUAUUUUGGGUAUUUGUUUCUUUCAACUCGGUCACCUGUGCGAGACCGACUUCAUCGUCGGUGAGCUUCUUUUCGUUCAUUUGGUAAGCGUGGUGCCUCUUUUGUCAUAGCUUCGGGGCAAGUUUUCGGAGGGGGGGGAGGGGGGGGGGGUACGCAAACAGAAAAUGUUUGGGUGGGUGUUUGUUGUAUUGUUUUACGCACGGCGGGUAGCUCCGUACGCUGCUGCUGCAGGAGCGGCGACAUUAGCAGGCAUUGUUUUGACUCUCGAAGACAGACAGAGAGGCGCAUGAAUAUUGAAUAAUGAUGACGAGCGAAUGGUGGUAUGCAUACAACCCGGCUUUAUCGUUACUACAAGUUGAGAAUUUGGCUUGAUUGAGCGAUGCAUGGACGAGUAGACUGUGGCAUGCGCGAAGGAAGGUACGGGCCUGAAAAAUGCCGAGUGAGACUGGUUCUGGUUUGUGUUCCAAGAUAGAGAGAUGCGGUUGUCCUGGUUGUUUUUUUUCGCGGUUUGGGAGUUUCGACAAGGAGAAGGGCAGGCAUGGACGAAACCAACUCCCGUUGGUUGCAGGUCAAGGGAGGAGAUACAUACUUGUGCGUUGACUAGGCCGAGGGCAAACGCGUUGAACUGGCGUGUUUUUCAACAGCCCGGGGGUGGCCUCGGCGAGGCCUCAACUGAAGCCCUUUUCCUUUUUUUCAGCGGGUUCACAACUUGAAGGAAAGGCCGUCUCACCGUAAGUCCCUCCCUAGAUGUGUCAGGGGCAAACGUAUUGGACCUACAGUACCUGUUCGCGUCGUUUGCUACGGCCAGACCGAUGGUAUAUGUAUGUAUUUGGUGCUGCUACGUGGUUGCUCGCCCUUUGUGCGUCAGAAUCGGGUGCUCGCUGCAUUGAGCGACAAACUCGUUGUUGCUGGUGUGCCCACUGCGUGUGUGGGUAGGACCAUCAUUGUGUUUCUGUUUCAAGGGCAAAGAUAGAAAUACCCAGACCUCUUCACAACCCUGAUUGGCUACAGUACGUAGGAUCGUUGGAUCAUCCUGUGUUUUUCUGUUACAGUACAAGGGCGGCAAUGAUAAAAAGAUA